UACGUCAACGACAUAUCAAUGUUUUCCACUAAGUUUCUUUUUCCAAUAGCUUUUUUGCUGGUUUGAUUUCCAAAUAAACUACUAUGUCUAUUAAUAAUUUAUCAUCUGUUCUCAAAUCUUGUUCAGAAAGUGAACUUAUAAAUGAAACAUCGGAAACUAGCAUGACACAGAAGCAAGUGGAAGGAUCCCGAUUGAAGCGUACUUUUACUUUACCCAGGAAUCCCUUUGGGAACUCAAAGCCUGGUUCAAGUAAAAGUAAAAGUGGCGAUGGAGACAACAAAUCCAUAAAUUCUAGUUCUGUGAUAAGUGAUACACAAAAGGACGAGGGCAGCUUAGAAAGGAAGUUGUUCAGAAGGCCUUCAUGGAAAAGGUUUCUGAAUAAGAUAGCUCUACAUAUGAGUACAGUACGUGUAGCGGGUGGCAAACCGGCUCCAGUUUUAGUUAAUGGAGAGAAGACGAAUUGUAAUGGUGAGCCUCCGUGGCCACCUGGGACCACUCCAGCUGCGACAGGGAUAAAGAACCACGGAAACACUUGUUACAUGAAUGCUGUCCUGCAGUGCCUUUCUCAUACAGAUGUUAUUGCUGAAUAUUUUGUGUUGGACCAUUAUAAGGUUGAUCUUCAGAAGCGAAAUAAAAUUAAUUCAAAGAAAUAUGGAACAAGAGGAGAAGUUACUGAGCAGUUGGCAUCAUUGUUGAAAUCAUUAUGGGCUUGUCACUACACACCAGAUAUGAGCACAACCUUUAAGAAAACUGUGGAAAGACAUGGCACGCAAUAUAGAGGUAACAGUCAACAUGAUGCGCAAGAAUUUUUAUUUUGGCUUCUUGAUAAAGUGCAUGAGGAUUUAAAUACCGCUACAAAAAGAAAAUAUAAAACAAUAAAGAAUACUUGUGGGAAGCCAGAUGAGGUAGUCGCAGCAGAAACAUUAGCAAAUCAUGCUAGAAGAAAUAGCUCAUUUGUGCAGACAGUUUUUCAAGCACAAUAUAGAUCGGCCCUAACGUGUGCAAAAUGUGAAAGAACAUCUUGCACCUUUGACCCCUUCCAUUGUGUGAGUGUGCAGCUACCAUCAAGAUUAGCAACUGCACAACCGUCUCCCCUACCUGUCAAUGUAGUUUAUGUGAAUCAGCAACCUCGACAAGUUCGCAUCGGACUGGAGCUACCACCGACCGCAACGAUGGAUGAUUUAAGAACGACACUUCACGCAGAUACAGGAAUUGAACGCGAUCACAUUAUAUUAGCUGAAAUCAACGAAGCAGGUUGGUGCAACGCUCGUGCGAACUGGGAAGUUGCCGGUAUGGAUUUCGGCUCGCUGUAUUGUUUAGAGGCUCCGCCGUUAUUACAAACGCCAACAACUCCAUAUCUUCUCUUACUAUGGGUCAAUAUAAUUGAAGGAGAACGAUUUGGUUCACCAUAUGCAAUGCAAGUUCCGCGGGAGAUUUCUUAUGAAGAUUUACAGAAGUUGAUCUUGAAGGAAAUGAAUCAAAUUAUAUCCGAACGAGUUUUGGAAAACGCACAAGGAACUGAUAUAUUCCGCGCGAGGAUAGCUGAGGCACAUCGACCGCGGGACCCAGCUUAUUUGCAACCAGAGCUACCGCAUCCAUUAUUCGCCUUGGACGUAGAGCAAGCCUUGUGUCCGCACGAUAAACAUCCACAUCUCCGGUUGGAACUGCUCUGGGACCCCGAGCAACGUGACAAUAUAAUCCGCGAGUGCAAGGAGCAGUGCGAGGUGCACGUGUCCGCGGGCGGGGGGGGCGCGCCGCCGCUCACGCUGCACGCCUGCCUCACGCACUACACGCGCGCCGAGCGACUGGGACAGGACGACGCCUGGAGAUGCCCUCAGUGUCAGAGGUACAUGCCGGUGGUGAAAACAUUGGGACUGUGGUCACUACCGGACAUAUUAGUAAUACAUUUGAAGCGAUUUAGACAGCAGCCUAAAGGCCGGACGAGCACGAAAUUAACAACAAUGGUAGAGUUUCCACUCAACGAUUUCGACAUGACGCCGCACCUCGCGCACAGGAACUCGUCGGCGGAGUCGCCGGGGCAUUCGCGGUCACCACGUCGGAGAUACUCGAAAACGUCAACACUGAAUCAUCACGAUAACGUUUACGAUUUGUACGCCAUUUGUUAUCAUCACGGCGAUGACUUAGAAACAGGUCAUUACACUGCCGCCUGCAAAAACCCUUACGACCGCCACUGGUAUAAGUUCGACGAUUCAAGGGUGACACGGAUCGAUGAUGAAUGUGCCUACGAUGAGUUGGUGAACAACACCGCGUACAUGUUGUUUUACAAACGUCAGAAGCCGACCGUCACGCACUCCUAUAGCUCCGAGGAGUACGGCGGCCAUUGGGCACUGCGCAUGCCUAAAUACGUAAAGAGGACCACGGAGACAUUGAAAGAGCUGACCGAGGUGAAAGAAGAAAACGUCGAAGAAACCAAGAUCGAUUCGUCGCCCGUCGAACACGAGUCUGAGUCUGACGUCACGGCCGUCACGCGCAGCCCUUCGCUCUCCCGGAGCGCGAACAGUCUGCUCGACGACGACGCGCCUCCCGCUAACAACAUGACGACGAUCCGCAACACCGCGAUAAUACAAUCGCCUACCCUACAGAGGCCUCUCAUUGUAGAAAUCAAUGGAAAUAACGUUUGUACAAACGUUAACGAACGCGAGUCUGAGCCGAGCGCCUCUAUCGAGCUGUAUAUUCACAAGGACGUGCACGUGAAUCCAAAGAUGACGCCAGUGGACGGCCGCCGCCCACGCUCCGUGGACAUUCCCGUCACGCUCUCUGCACCCCACUCCGCCCCCCUCUCCGCUCCCCACUCCGCCCCCCACUCUGCCCCAUUCUGCACUAAAGACUCGAGUAGGAACUAUGAGAGCUCCCCCCUAGUCGCGAGCAUAAACGAAGUGGAGUACCAUCCCACAACUGAAGAGUUGAUGAUGUCGAUGUUUAAAGAAUCGCAGUUUAUCGUUCCCAGGCGCCCUGAUCGGGUCCAAGGAGAAUCUCAUCAUCCAGGAGAAAAGACUUCUGCAUGGAAAACUCGAAUAUCGACAUGAAAAAAAGAUAUCGAUCAUUGUAUAGUUAUUUUGUUCACGAAAGAGCUAAUUAUGUGUUUAAAAUACGUCAUAUUUUAGAUCUGAACGUAUCAUACAAGCAGCUAUUACUUUAUAUUUAGUGUUUUCGAAACUUUUGUAAACGUAUGUUUCUAUAUUAUUAUUUGUUGUACAAACAAGUGCAGAGGCUUAUACUGUAGCGUGGUAAGCAAGAUAAUAAUUUAUGGCUUUUAAUUAUUUCCAAUAUCCUCUAAAUAUGAAUCCAAGUCUUCGAUAAAAUGCCAACAUUCAUUUUAUUUGACGUUCGCAUUCACCAAAGAACAAUACUCAUUAAAUGAGGAAGGUAUUUAUCAAUCUCAUAGUUUUACAUUAAAAGUGUUUGAUCAUUUAACGUAAGUUUCUAAGUUGCAACUGGUUUUUUUUCUUUCGGAUAUUAUAUAUUACCUUAGUAUAUAAUUCAAUUAAUCAGAAUUUCGAAUUAAUAUAUUAAAACAGUUGUGGACUGUGGAUGUUCCAAUAUUUCCUUGUUACCAAAUACAAUUUUAUAUUAGAAUAAAAUUGCACGUAAUAUAAAUAAAAUGUUUUCUGUAAUAACGGUUAUAGAAGUAAAAUAAAUACGAACGAAUGAAGUGAAAUACGAAUAUUAAACUAAGCUUAGAUCAGUAUGGACUACUAUAGACGAUGUUACGACAUUUCAUUAAGACAACAUAAUGUGCCUUCACUGUAGAGAUGUUGUGAUUUUAAAAAUAAAUAUUGUGUAAUCUUUUAUAAAUAAAUAAA